AUGCGUUUCCUACGAGGGCUCAUCCUUUCCUUUGCGUUUGCGCUACUGCUUCUGCAAUUGGUGCUUGCGGCAGAGGACUACUAUAAGAUUCUGGGGUUGGACAAGGGCGCAUCGGAGAAGGAUAUCAAGCGCGCAUAUCGCACACUGAGCAAGAAGUUUCAUCCGGACAAGAAUCCAGGAGAUGAUUCCGCGCGCGAGAAGUUCGUCGAGAUAGCCGAGGCGUACGAGGUCCUAUCCACACCAGCCACACGCAAGAUCUACGAUCAGUACGGCCGCGAGGGUGUCGAACAGCACCGACAGGGCGGACAAGCAGGCGGCCAGGCGCACGAUCCAUUCGAUCUCUUCUCGCGGUUUUUCGGCGGCGGCGGACACUUUGGACAUGCGCCGGGCCAUCGUCGCGGGCCCGAUAUGGAAUUCCGGAUUGGGCUUCCUCUGCGCGAUUUCUACACCGGGCGCUCGUUUGAGUUGAAUAUUGAGAGGCAGCAGAUUUGCGAGACGUGCCAGGGAACAGGAUCUGCGGAUCGCGUGGUCGAGACGUGUGAUAAGUGCUCGGGGCGGGGCGUGGUUAUUCAAAAACACAUGCUUGCCCCGGGAAUGUUUCAGCAGAUGCAGAUGCAGUGUGAUAAGUGUCGUGGACAGGGCAAGACUAUCAAGAAGCCUUGUCAUGUUUGUCACGGACACCGGGUUGUUAAAAAGGAUGUUGAGACGUCCGUUACGAUUGAGCCGGGUAUGGACAAGGGCACGCGACUUGUGUAUGAGAACGAGGGAGACGAGAGCCCUGAUUAUAUUGCCGGUGACUUGGUAUUGAUUCUUGAAGAGAAGGAGCCAGAUUUGGGCACGUCAGAGGAGCACCGAACAGAUGGCACAUUCUUCCGCCGACGAGGACGCGAUCUCUUCUGGAAAGAGACGCUGUCACUGCGAGAGGCAUGGAUGGGUGAUUGGACGCGUAACCUCACACACCUUGAUGGCCAUGUUGUCCAGCUCAGCCGGUCGCGCGGAGAAGUCGUGCAGCCGCUGUCCGUUGAGACAGUCGCCGGCGAAGGCAUGCCAUUCUGGUCGGAUGGUCACCUCCACGAUCAUGAGGAUGAGGGUCCUGGAAAUCUAUACGUUGAGUACACUGUCAUUCUUCCCGACCAGAUGGAGAGUGGCAUGGAGAAGGACUUCCAUGCACUGUGGGAGAAAUGGCGCAAGAAGAACGGUGUCGAUCUGUCGAAGGACAGUGCUUGGCUUGACAUAGGGUUACCGUCUGGAGUAUACCUGUUUGCCCCGUUUGCACCGGCAAAACACUCACCGCCCAGCUAUCAUCUCGAAAAUUUAUCCAGACCACCAGCAAGAACAACCCCGAGAACCCAACCAAACCGAAUCAAACUCUUACCUGAACUCCGCCAAAAUGGUCCGCAAACUCAAGCACCACGAGCAAAAGUCCGUCCUCCCCCUCCCCAUCCCCAGCCCCAACUAACACCCGACCCAUCCAGACUCCUCCGCAAAGUAAACCUAACAACCUACAAAUCCGACCACUCCCACCGCGAAUCCCAAGUCAGCCAGCGCUACUACCUCCAAAACCCACUCGACUACAAAAAGUACUCGGCGAUCGUCGGGUCGCUGCGCCAGCUCGCGCAUAAACUGUCGGCGCUGGACCCGGACUCGGACCCCGUGCGCCAGAAGACCGAGUCCGAGGUCCUGGAUAAGUUGUGGCGCAUGGGCAUCCUCAAGCAGAGCCGCGAGCAGGGGGCGGGGUUGUCGAAGAUCGAGCGCGAGGUCACGGUUAGUGCGUUCUGUCGGCGGCGGUUGGCGGUUAUUAUGGCGCGGAGUGGGAUGGUGGAGAAUAUUAAGACGGCUGUUACGUUCAUUGAGCAGGGGCAUGUGCGCGUUGGGUCGGAGGUCGUCACGGACCCGGCUUAUCUUGUUACGCGGAAUAUGGAGGACUUCGUGACGUGGGUGGACUCGAGCAAGAUCAAGCGGAAUAUCAUGCAGUACCGCGAGAACUUGGAUGAUUUUGAUCUUAUGUAG